CGUCGUCGUCUACGGAGUCCAGAUCUUCCUAUCACACUGUUCUUCGUCGGGCGAUCGGUCUCUCUCUCACCCUCACAAUUCGCCACCAUGAUUGACGAUCAAGACCUGGGCUUUUUUGCAAAUUUUCUUGGGAUCUUCAUCUUUGUGCUGGUUAUAGCAUAUCAUUAUGUGAUGGCUGACCCAAAAUAUGAAGGCAAUUGAAACUUUCAUGGCUUAUUUUUACAUUUUUAAGUGGACACGCCGAUGUUAUUUACAUAGACUCUGUUUUUUUGCCAAUCUAGAAAACUUGUAGUUCAUAAUCUUCAAAACUUACAGCCAUCAAUAUUAUAUUACAGCUAUCAUACACCUUCUUCACACAUACAGCUUCUCCAAUUCCUCAACCUCCAAUCAUGCUUAAUGAACUUGGACUUCCCUAGGUCAUUGCAUGGAGUCUUCAAUGUAAUUGAGUUAAUAGUUUGGAGAAGCUGUUUGUGUUGUUGGAGGUACUGUAAUCAGUAAUAUGAUGUUUGGUGGUGUAAAAUUAGUUUUCGAGAAUAUCUAUUAAUUUUCCUGGAGUUUUGGAGCGAGAUUUUGUUGUGUUAACUCAUAGUCAUUCCUGAUAUAU